AAUUUAACAAUAUACAAGAUAAUGAAAUUCAGUCUGAUAAUCAAAUCCUUAUGCUCUUACAAAUUGAUAAGUUUCAAAAAAUAUUUGUGCAACAUAUAAUUAAAGAAAGUGAUGAACAAAAAAUUGACGAAAAAUUACCAGUUUUUUUAGAUCAGCAAGACAAAGAGGCUUUUUUUGUCAAACUUCGUAUAUUAGUUUGUUGUAAAUCUAAAAUGUGUUUAACUAAAGUUGAUCAUGAAUUUGCAUUUCAAAUUUUUGAUAGUGUUCGAAAAUUAUCAAAAUCUGAAUAUA